AUGCCACCUAAGUUCGACCCCAAUGAGAUCAAAGUUGUGUACCUGAGGUGCACCGGUGGAGAAGUCGGUGCCACAUUUGCCCUUUCCCCCAUGAUCAGCCCCCUGGGUCUGUCUCCAAAGAAAGUUGGUGAUGACAUCGCCAAGGCAACUGGUGAUUGGAAGGGUCUGAGGAUUACAGUGAAACUGACCAUUCAGAACCGACAGGCCCAGAUUGAGGUGGUACCUUCUGCCUCUGCCCUGAUCAUCAGAGCCCUCAAGGAACUGCCAAGAGACAGAAAGAAGCAGGAAAACAUUAAGCACAGUGGAAACAUCACUUUUGGUGAGAUUGUCAACAUUGCCCGACAGAUGUGGCAUCGAUCUUUAGCUAGAGAACUCUCUGGAACCAUUAAAGAGAUCCUGGGGACCGCCUAGUCUGUGGGCUGCAAUGUUGAUGGCUGCCACCUUCACGACAUCUUAGAUGACAUCA